AUGGGUCUCUUUCAUGGAUUCAACGCAUUUUCGGUCCAAACUCAAGCAGACCCAGCUAUAAAUAUCCAUGGUCUGCAGAGUGGUGAUGCCUCGUCUUCCCUUCCACCACUUAUUUUGCUACAUGGAUUCCCUCAGACGCUAUACGCCUGGCACCGCAUUGCACCCCAGCUUACCGACAAGUACACAGUCAUAUUGAUCGAUCUUCGCGGUUAUGGACAAUCUUGCAAGCCCACAGGCGUGUCGGCCUACGCAAAAAGCGCUAUGGCUCGUGAUUGCAUUACAGUAAUGGACAGCCUAGGCUUCGCCGAUUCUUUCUACGUCUGUGCUCACGAUCGGGGUGCCCGAGUAGCGCACAAACUCUGUGUUGACUUCCCCAGUCGCGUGAAAAAAACAAUUCUUAUCGACAUUUGUCCAACACUGGCGAUGUUUACCAAAACAGACUUUCAUUUCGCCAAAGCUUAUUUCCACUGGUUCUUAUUGAUUCAGGAUGCGCCGCUUCCCGAGACAUUCUUGUCAGGACGUCCUAGAGAAGUGAUGGCAUUGAUGAUGGGCGAACGACCUGGCGAGGGAUUGAAAAUUUUCGACCCAGAAUGUUUCGACACCUAUGUUAAAAAUCUGGAAGAUCCUGCUACUGUUCAAGCCAUGUGCAAUGACUACCGAGCGAGUGCCUCAUUGGACCUAGACGAGGCUCGGGAAGAUAUGAAAAAUCAUAGGUUGGUGCAAUGUCCAUUGUUGGUUAUAUGGAGUAAGCAUGGUGUUAUUGAGAAGUCCUUCAAGGCAAUUGAAGAAUGGCAAGCAGUGGUGGCACAAGGGGUUGCCGUACAGGGCUACAGUCUUGAUUCAGGUCAUUCCAUACCCGAGGAAGCACCUGAAUUGGUUUUGUCUGCCAUUGGCGAGUUUUUGUCUGGGUGA